UUUCAUUGCUGCUGAUUAGGUCCAUGGAGGAAAGUCCAUCUCUGAGGCGCAAGACGGUGAUGCGGGAGAAGGGCCGGCGCCAGGCCGUCCGGGGCCCGGCUUUCAUGUUCAAUGACCGGGGCACUAGCCUCACUGCCGAGGAGGAGCGCUUCCUCGACGCUGCGGAGUAUGGCAACAUCCCUGUGGUGCGCAAGAUGCUGGAGGAGUCCAAGACGCUGAACGUCAACUGCGUGGACUACAUGGGCCAGAACGCGCUGCAGCUGGCCGUGGGCAACGAGCACCUGGAGGUGACAGAGCUGUUGCUUAAGAAGGAGAACCUGGCGCGGAUCGGCGACGCCCUGCUCCUUGCCAUCAGCAAGGGCUACGUGCGCAUCGUGGAAGCCAUCCUCAACCACCCCGGCUUCGCGGCCAGCAAGCGCCUGACCCUGAGCCCCUGUGAGCAGGAGCUGCAGGACGACGACUUCUACGCCUACGACGAGGACGGCACGCGCUUCUCGCCCGACAUCACGCCCAUCAUCCUGGCGGCGCACUGCCAGAAGUACGAGGUGGUACACAUGCUGCUGAUGAAGGGCGCCAGGAUCGAGCGGCCACACGACUAUUUCUGCAAGUGCGGAGACUGCAUGGAGAAGCAGAGGCACGACUCUUUCAGCCACUCACGCUCGAGGAUCAAUGCCUACAAGGGGCUGGCCAGCCCGGCAUACCUGUCCUUGUCUAGCGAGGACCCGGUGCUCACCGCCCUGGAGCUCAGCAACGAGCUGGCCAAGCUGGCCAACAUAGAGAAGGAGUUCAAGAAUGACUAUCGGAAGCUCUCCAUGCAAUGCAAAGACUUUGUAGUGGGUGUGUUGGAUCUUUGCCGAGACUCAGAAGAAGUAGAAGCUAUUCUGAAUGGAGAUCUGGAAUCCGCAGAGCCCCUAGAGCUACACAGGCAUAAAGCUUCACUGAGCCGUGUCAAGCUUGCUAUUAAAUAUGAAGUAAAAAAGUUUGUGGCUCACCCCAACUGUCAGCAGCAGCUCUUGACAAUCUGGUAUGAGAACCUCUCAGGCCUGCGGGAACAGACCAUAGCUAUCAAGUGUCUGGUUGUGCUGGUUGUGGCCUUGGGCCUUCCGUUUCUCGCCAUCGGUUACUGGAUUGCACCGUGCAGCAGGCUGGGGAAAAUUCUACGAAGCCCUUUUAUGAAGUUUGUAGCACAUGCUGCUUCUUUCAUCAUCUUCCUGGGCCUGCUUGUGUUCAACGCCUCAGACAGAUUUGAAGGCAUCACCACGCUGCCCAAUAUCACUGUUAUUGACUAUCCCAAGCAGAUCUUCAGGGUGAAAACCACCCAGUUCACGUGGACUGAGAUGCUAAUUAUGGUCUGGGUUCUUGGAAUGAUGUGGUCUGAGUGUAAGGAGCUCUGGCUGGAAGGACCUAGGGAGUAUAUUUUGCAAUUGUGGAAUGUGCUGGACUUUGGGAUGCUCUCCAUCUUCAUUGCUGCUUUCACCGCCAGAUUCCUAGCUUUCCUUCAGGCGACAAAAGCACAACAGUAUGUGGACAGUUAUGUCCAAGAGAGCGACCUCAGUGAAGUUACACUUCCACCAGAGAUCCAGUAUUUCACUUACGCCAGAGAUAAAUGGCUCCCUUCUGACCCUCAGAUCAUAUCUGAAGGCCUCUAUGCUAUAGCUGUUGUGCUCAGCUUCUCUCGGAUCGCAUACAUCCUUCCUGCAAAUGAGAGCUUCGGCCCCUUGCAGAUCUCUCUUGGAAGGACUGUGAAGGACAUUUUCAAGUUCAUGGUCCUCUUUAUUAUGGUCUUUCUUGCCUUUAUGAUUGGCAUGUUCAUACUGUAUUCUUACUACCUUGGAGCUAAAGUAAAUGCUGCUUUUACCACUGUAGAAGAAAGUUUCAAGACUUUGUUUUGGUCGAUAUUUGGGUUAUCUGAAGUCACUUCCGUUGUGCUCAAAUACGAUCACAAAUUCAUAGAGAAUAUUGGAUACGUUCUUUAUGGAAUAUACAAUGUAACUAUGGUGGUCGUUUUACUCAACAUGUUAAUUGCUAUGAUUAAUAGCUCAUAUCAAGAGAUUGAGGAUGACAGUGAUGUAGAAUGGAAGUUUGCCCGUUCAAAACUUUGGUUAUCUUAUUUUGAUGAUGGAAAAACAUUACCUCCACCCUUCAGUCUAGUUCCUAGUCCGAAGUCAUUUGUUUAUUUCAUCAUGCGGAUCAUUAACUUCUCUAAAUGCAGGAGGAGCCGGCUACAGAAGGAUGUAGAAAUGGGAAUGGGUAACUCCAAGUCCAGGUUUACAAAGUGCUUUGCUGUACAUUUGAACCUCAUGCAACGCUGUGAGUUAAACCUCUUCACUCAGUCUAACUCAAGAGUUUUUGAAUCACACAGUUUUAACAGCAUUCUCAACCAGCCAACACGUUAUCAGCAGAUAAUGAAAAGACUUAUAAAGCGAUAUGUUCUGAAAGCACAAGUGGACAAAGAAAAUGAUGAAGUUAAUGAAGGUGAAUUAAAAGAAAUCAAGCAAGAUAUCUCCAGCCUUCGUUAUGAACUUUUGGAGGACAAGAGCCAAGCAACUGAGGAAUUAGCUGUUCUGAUUCAUAAACUCAGUGAGAAACUGAAUCCUAGCAUGCUGAGAUGUGAAUGAUUCAGUAACCUGGAAUAAUGGCUUUGAUUAUAGCACAAAUGUGGGCAAUAAUAUUUCUAAGUAUGAAAUACUUGAAAAACUAUGGUGUAAAUUUUUAGUGUUAACUACCUUUAUCAUGUGAAUCUCUAAAACAUAGGUCUUAAUGAUUUUACUGUUUUAUCACAUGAAAAUGGUCUUCAUUUUAAUUGUCUGCCUUGACAUUAUAAACAAUGACAUGCCAUUGUAUUUAAAGGCCCAGUAUUAUUACAUUACUGACAUUUUUGUCCACUUUAGAAUAAACUCUGUGUCUUUGCACUACCUAUUUGCCUCCAAGAGACUGUAAGCUCCUUGGGGACAGGGACCAUGUCUUAUUCAUCUUUGUGUCUCCAGCGUCUAGUACAGUGCCUGGUACAUAGUAGGUGCUCAAUAAAUGUUGAAACCAACUAAAUGGAACUGCCAACAAAAUACAAAUAAAAAUAAAAAGGCCAUCACUAUGUAGCAUUCCUUCCCUUGUCCAAGUGCUGAAGAGAUUUUUUUUUUUUUUAAAUAGAAACUAAAGAAAUUUUAUAACCAGCCAUGACUUGGUAAGAUUUUCUUAGAAUUUUUGGCAUCACUCAUGAUCCUAGAACCUUUGAGCCCUGAAUGAAGAAUUUAACAAUGAAAUGGAUUAAUAGAAAAUAUAAUUACAUUACAUAUUUAAGUUUCAUAUAAUUGUUCAAAACAACACAUUAAAGAUUUUUCUAAAGUAUAUACAGUUUGCUUUCUGUCUUAAAUUUUCAUUUGUUGUUUUUCAGUAAUGUGAAUUUAUUCAGUGGGGUAGUGAGUUUUUUUAAAGUUUGGGGCUAUGCAGGGUUGCUAUUCUGUGAUAACCUUCUAAUUUCUGCCUCUGAUGCUUUAAUGCUAAAGAAAAUAUCAACAGUUGACUUCUAUCUUGCCCAUUAGCUUAAUUCUGAGUUUUAGAGGGUAUGUGUACGGGAAGAACCAAGAAAGAGCAAUGGCUGUCUACCUGGAAACACAUAUUCAAGCAUCACCAGGUAUGUUUCAUUUCCCUUCGAGGCAUCUCUUGCUAUCAUUACUUAGUGAUUGACAUCCUUUUUCUUAUCAAAGCCUCUCAGUUUAAACUUUUUACACAAAAUGGAUGGUGAUGACCUGUAAUUGAUUUAUUCUAUAACUGAGCUGGAUACUGGUAGAAUCCACACUACCUCAUGACUUUAAUAAGAAAGGGGAUACAGACCAGUAAUAUCCCUCAUCUCUUCACAAGACAAUAAAGCACUCAAAGUAUUUUUUUUGACCAGUUGGGUUUUAAUCUCUUAAAGAGUUGUGCUUAUCAUCUGGAUUCUCUUCACUCUGUUUUUUGUUAGGUCUUACAGGAAUACGAUUUAUGAUCAUAGCUCAAGGAUAGUUUUAUAGGUUCUAAAAACCAAUUAAAUACAUGAUACUUUGAAAAUCAUUAAUAUCACACAGGAAGGCUUUCUAGGCAUGAAAACAAAAAUGAACAUUAAAUGGUACUACAUAAAGCUCUUUAAAGAUAAUUUCUUAAUUUCUACUUUUGGGGAGUUAAAACAGUUAAGGUAAGAAAAGACUAUAAAAUUUUGCUACCACUGUAGAAUAUUUCAUUGACUUUUGUGCUAUGCUAAUGGUAUUUUGUCUGAAACAUUUUUCAAACUUUAUGUAUUUUAUGUUAUACCUCAGAACUGAAUAGAAUAUUGAUUUUUU